UAUUUGGGCAAGAAAAAGAAAAGUCUACAUAUAGCAGCUUAUUCAUGUACCUCAAUGAAAAAGACACAACUUCCCCAAUGACAUCAAACAUCUUUAUUUCCAAAGAAACUUCGGCGGCCAGUAACUAGAAACUCCGGUAGACAACAUUAAGUACUUGCCACGGAGGAAGUACACAUCAAUAACAUAAGCAAGAGGUCGAAAGUUUGAAUCUUGAGAGUUGAGACAAAAUGAAAUAGAUUUGAGAAAUGAAAGGGUUAUCCUUGUUGUAUAGCCAACCCUUCAGAAAACACCCAAAAAAAAAAGGAAAAGAAGACAAGCAUGGCUAAGCGCAAAUCAAGGAAAGUGCAGAAUUGUCAAGAAGGUCGACCCAUUGCCUUCUUCAGUGAAAAGUUGAAUGACACAAAGCUCAGAUAUUCCACCUAUGACAAAGAAUUCUAUGCAAUUGUUCGAGCCUUGGAGCAUUGGAGUCAUUAUCUUCUUUCCAAAGAAUUCAUCUUGCACUAUGACCAUGAGGCAUUGAAGCACCUGAAUUCUCAACAGAAGAUUAGUCGCCGACAUGCUGCUUGGAGUGAAUUUCUACAAGCUUAUCCUUUCCUCCUCAAAUACAAAUCUGGGGUCCAGAAUCGUGUAGCUGAUGCUCUGAGUCGCCGACAUGCCUUGCUUACUUCCUUACAAAUGAAAGUCACUGGAUUUGAAGUGAUCAAGGAGUUGUAUGAGAAUGAUCCUGAUUUUAGCAAGAUUUGGCAAGCCACUUCUAAUCAAGCCUUUCAGCAAUAUCAUUGCCAACAAGAUUACCUCUUCAAGGACAAGACUUUAGCUCUUGUUAAAGAAAGUUUUUACCAGUCAAAGUUGGAACAGAAUGUCAUUCGUCACAUUCAAAGAUGCAAAGUUUGUCACCAAGCCAAGACAAUCAAUCAAAACACAGGGUUGUAUCUGCCAUUGCCUAUCCGAACUUCACCUUGGGAAGAUAAAACUAAUGAUGCUUCUCUCAUUGCUGAGUUAUAUUUUAGAGAGAUUGUGCGUCUACAUGGAGUUCCAAAGACCAUCACUUCAGAUAGAGAUUUGAAGUUCAUGAGUCAUUUUUGGAGGACUUUAUGGAGAAAGAUGGGCACUCAACUCCAAUUUAGUUCUGCUAGCCAUCCCCAAACCGAUGGGCAAAUUGAAGCUAUCAAUAAGAUUUUGGGGAAUCUACUACAAAGUUUUGUGGGACAAAAUUUGCGACAAUGGGAUCUUGUGCUUGCCCAAGCUAAGUUUGCCUACAACAACUCUUCGAAUCAAGCUACGGGAAAAUGCCCAUUUGAAGUAGUAUAUGGAUUGCGUCCUCUCAGUCCUUUAGAUCUUGCUCCAUUGCCCACAUCCCGACAGUUUAGUGCAGAUGCUGAACAACGAGCCAAGGAGAUCAAGAAACUUCAUGAAGAAGUUCGUGAGAAGCUACAACGUCAAACCAUUAGGUAUAAGGCUCAUCAUGACAAGCACCGAAAGAAGGUUGUGUAUAAAGAAGGAGAUUGGGUUUGGAUACACCUUCGAAAGGAAAGGUUUCCUAAUCGACCUAAUGUCAAACUCUCCCCUAGAGCAGAUGGUCCUUUUCAGAUAGUGGAGAAAAUCAAUGAUAAUGCCUACAAGAUCAAACUUCCAAGUGACUAUGAAGUCUUUGCUACUUUCAAUGUAGCUGACUUAUCUCCUUACUAUGAGGAUCAUGAGCAUUGAACUCAAACUUGAGGACGAGUUUUCUCCAACCAGGGGAGAAUGCACCAGGAAAAAAACAACAAGCAUGCAGAACCUACUCUGCAGCACCACUAGGCCGGUGCAAUUUUGUCAAAGUGGCCACUAAAUGGCUAACUCCCAACUGCAUUUUUACUUUUACUAAAUGGCUAACUCCCAA